CGCCAACCGGGUGAGUACGCAAUCGAAUAAUUAUAGAUUCUACGAAAAAUUUAUUUUUAUUGUAGAUUAUCGAGUGGAAAAAUAACAUGUCCGAGGAAACGGGCGCUUGCGAAGUGUGCGAUAUCCAAUCGAAAAGGAAAUGCUCGUCGUGCAAAUUGGUAUUUUACUGCAGCCAGGAACACCAGCAGGCCGAUUGGAAAGAGCACAAAUCCAUUUGCAAACCCUUUGUGGAAGACUAUUCGAAAGACAUUGGUAGACAUCUGAAGGCGACUAGAGCUUUGAAACCGGGCGAUGUGAUCUUCUCCGAAGCUCCUCUGGUGUUUGGCCCGAAGCCUCAUCGAAUAGAAGCCGGAGCAUUUCCGUGCGUCGGAUGUUGCAGAUUGCUCGAAGAUCAAUCGUGCGAAAGAUGCCCAGGGUGUUUGUGGCCGGUGUGCAACGCGAAAUGCUCCGGUUUAAAUACGCCCGAUCGGCACGGAUUCGAGUGCCAGAUUUUGCGUUUGAGACCUUCCACCGAGUUGACUUCGUUUUAUCAAUUUUACAGAUUCGACGUGUUGAUCGUAUUAAGAGCGAUGUACCUUCAAAAAGCCAAUCCGAAGAAAUGGGAUGUUAUCAGCAAGUUGGAGGAUCAUUACGAAUGCAGAGGACCCGGUACGGAGGUGUACAAGGACGUGGAGGAAAAAUUCGGCGUGUUAGAAGCCAAUUACUUGAAGCCUUUGAGGGAUUUCGAACGGAACACCGGUCGAUCGAUCGUCCUCGACGCUUCUCCGGCCAUCGUCCAUCGAAUAUACGGCGUUUUAGAUGUAAACGCCACGGAAUUGACCGAAGACAUCGACGCUACAAUUUUAUAUGCAACUGCUUCUUUGAUGGAGCACAAUUGCACGCCGAACGUCAUGCAGUUGAUCGAUGAAACCGAACGUUUCACCGUAACCGUCAGAGCCGCCUUGCCCAUCGAGAAAGGUGAUCACGUCUCGUCGAUUUACACGCACAUCCUGUGGGGCACGGCGGCGCGAAGAGAGCACCUGUUGCGCACCAAGUACUUUGGGUGCUGUUGCAAGAGAUGCGCCGAUCCGACGGAGUUGGGAACUAAUUUGAGCGCUUUGAAGUGCAUCGGUGGAGUCGAAGGGGAUCUGUGCGGCGGCGUUCAGUUGCCUUUGAGGCCCACGUUGAUGGAGGGAGCGUGGCGGUGCGAUAAAUGUUCGAUAGAGUUGCCGGAGAAGGAUGUGAUGAAAUUCGUGAACCAUCUCGGCGAGCAAGUGGAUAAGGUGAUGUCGAAGGUGCCUCGUUUGCGAGAAUUGGAGGACGUUUUGGGCAAACUGGAGCAUUUCCUGCAUCCCAAUCACUAUUUGAUUUACAACGUUAAGCACUCGUUGGUGCAAUUGUUGGGUACCGAAGAGAACGUCGAGUAUUCGGUGGACGAUUGGUUGAAGAAAAUGAAUCUGUGCGAGGAAUUGAUUGCGAUUACCAAAACGUUAGAUCCGGGAAACGCCAGAUUGAGUUUGUAUCUUGGGGUGUUAUUAAACGAACUGUUUAUAGCCCAGUUUAAGAUACUAACGCGCACGUGGGAGAAUCCAACGCAGAAUUUGUACACGGAGCAGUUGAAAGGGUAUAUUGUUAACACGAUCGAAGAGAACAAGAGGGUUCUCGAAUACGAACGAAGAACUGUGUCGGGUAAUAAAUUGUACGAGAUCGUCGUUAAAAAUGAGCAAAUUUAUAGCAGUUGGUGCGAAUUAAACUCGCAGUAGAAUUUAAGAAAUGAAAUAGUAUAUGUUAGCUGUUGAUUAAUAAAUAAAAA